AUGGCUGUGACGCGACCUCCAACGAGGGUCCUCAGGAGAGCUUCGACAUGUACGCCAAUAGCAGGACGUUCAACUGCUAUUGAUGAUACUCCCGCAAUCCAAUCCGCAAUUGCCAGUUGCUCUUCCGGGGUUAUUGUUAUCCCUGCGUCUACGACCUACCACGUCAACACGGCUCUGAGCUUCAAGGACUGCUCUGGAUGCACACUGCAAAUCGAAGGAACGCUGCAGGCCACGUCUGACACCAACUACUGGGAAGGUCUCCGAGCCAUCUUUCUGAUGGAUGGCAUCAAUGGCGCGAAUAUCUAUUCAAACACGGGAAACGGCAUCAUCGAUGGAAAUGGCCAAGCCGCCUGGGACGUCUUCGCAGCGAAUUCUUCCUAUCGACGACCGACGCUCUUCUACAUCAACAAUUCCAAGAACGUCAACAUCCGUAACCUCUACUUCCAAAGCGCUCCAAACGUCUUCCAUUCAGUCACCGGCGGCUCGACCAAUGUUACUUAUUCCGAUAUCACUCUGUACGCCGUGAGCAACAGUUCCAAUGUCGCACACAACACCGACGGCUGGGACAUCGGACAGUCGACCUACGUGAGCAUCAACGGGGCCACAGUCACAAACGAUGAUGAUUGCGUAGCUUUCAAGCCAGGCAGUAGCUUCGCAACAGUCACCAACAUCACCUGCACAGGUAGCCACGGCAUUUCCGUCGGAAGCCUGGGAAGCGGUGCCGGGACAACAGACACAGUUCAGAACUGUUUCGUUAGCGGAGCGACCAUGAUCAACUCUGCCAAGGCUGCAGGCCUCAAGCUUUAUCCCGGCCCGCCAAAACACGGCACAGCUGUUGUGUCCAACGUGACGUUUGAGAACUUUGUACUGAAGAACACCGACUAUGCUUUCCAGGUUCAAAGCUGCUAUGGCGAGGAUGCGUCGUAUUGCAGCACCAGUCCCAGCACCGCGCAAAUCAAGGGCGUAGUGGUGAGAAACUUCUCGGGAACAACGAGCACGCACUAUUCGCCUAAUGUUGCAAACCUCAACUGUCCAGCUGCCGGGUCAUGCGGCUUAACAUUGAGCAACAUUACAGUCAAGCCUCCAAGCGGCUCGGCCGUAUUUCAGUGUGCAAACACGCCCAGUAGCAUCGGGGUGUCGUGCUCUGGCGGCGCCAGCGGAUGA